AUUUGAGCAAUGUAUUCAUCAGCGACCGAAUUCUUAGUUCCAAUGGUGAUGAAGUCAAGUUCACGGUUCCAUCUCGAAGAUCUUCAGGGUUAAUAUGCAUAUGACACCUGAUGUUCAUAAUCAAAUCAUUAUCAUAUUAAGAAAAACAAGUUGGUUUGUCCAUGGCAAGAAUUGGGAUGGUUGGCGGACUGUUUAAAUGUGUUAAUUGACGUUGAAAGGUGGUGCAAGCAAGACUACUGAAAGAUGCUGAGGGUUUUGGUAGUACUCAGUGUUGCUUAUGGAGUUUCCUGUGUCGGUUUUAACUGGACUUCGGCCAAUGUUUGUCCAACGUUGAAGAACUAUAACACCAUAGAGACGAAUCAAAAUUGCCGGUAUAAUCCAAAUGUUAGAUCGAGUUUGAGAGACAUAGUCCUUAGAAAUGGUUACCCUAUAGAAAAGCACAACGUACUGACAGAAGAUGGUUACAUUUUGGUGCUUUAUCGUAUCCCAAGCUCAAAUAAGGACAACACUAAACGGCAACCAGUGAUCAUUCAGCACGGGAUUCAGGGAUCUGCUGCAUUUUGGGUGCUUCACGACAGAAAAUCCAUAGCAAUCAUUAGUACGGUGUAGCUCAUUAGAGACAGACGAAGAAAAGCAAACAAGUGGAUAUUGGCCCAUUAAGACAAUAACUGUAGUGCGCGAAACGUGGACCUUCAGACCAACUACGAGUAUCACGUCUAACUCCAUACGUGCCUCCUCAUUCAGGGGAGCACUAAGUGCUAACAAUGCUUUGACGCACUAUGCAAAAGUUGCAUGAACUAAAGACAAGCAUGAUGGUUCUUCCUGAAUACCUCUAACUAACUUUUGCAUCCCUGGACGUUCUUUGAUUCCCUAGGAAUCAUAAGAACUGGAACACACGUUAUCUUCUUUAGGAUUCCAAAGAUAGAGCAAAUUAAUUUUGCAAUAAUACAACCUGUAUUGCGGUAUUUUUCGUACUGCGUGUCCAUAUUAUCGAAUUGUGUACAGCAGGGCUGCAUGGGCUAUUUCUUGUUGACCAUGGUUAUGACGUAUGGUUACCAACGAUUAGAGGAUCUGCUGAGUCUACUGGACAUGUCAACAUGACUACGAAAGAUCCUGCUUAUUGGGAUUUUGGGUUGGAUGAGCUGGCGCUUUACGACAUGGUUGCAUACAUCGAAUACGUGGCGAAAGUCACCAACCAGAAAGGAAAUAUCAUUUAUAUAGGUCAUUCUAUGGGCACCACAAUUUCGUACAUCUACGCAUCCGAACGCAGACGACACGCCAAUGAACAUUUGAGGGGCAUGAUAUCGCUGGCCCCGGUGGCUUUUAUAAACAAGAUCGAUCCCCUGGUGAAGCGAUUUGCCGUGGAAUACGGACCCGUCGUUGCGAAACUUGCAGACAAUUUGGGCUUGAAAGGAACAGGUCAGAUUCCUGAUGUGGAAAUGUUCCUACGGAAAUACUGUGGAACGUAUCCAGUUGUCGUUUUAUGUGAUGCUCUGAUUAAACUGACCAGUGGUGACAACCCAAACGAGAAUAUCGCAGAUAUGGUUCCAGUCUUCUUCAGCUACUACCCGACAGGUGUGUCCUUGAAGGUUGCAAAAAUGUAUAUGCAAACAGUACUUCAGCAUGGAAGGUUUGGGAAAUACAACUACGGAAUUGAGCGGAACAGAAGGUUGUACGGUUCGGACAUGCCACCUGAAUAUAACCUCACAAACAUAGAUCUACCUGUAUUUCUUUUUGUUGGCCGAUAUGAUGCUGUGGCCACACCAGCGGACGUCGACGUCUUGUACACGGUGCUGAACUCUAGAGGAAGAAGCUACGCUGUGAAAUAUGUACUUGAUAUGGCACAUAAUGACUUUGUAAUUGGAAAGCACCUCGACGAAUUUUACACCAAAUUGCUGGAGUUUAUGGGAAAACUUCGUAGUACAUGAUAUAAUGAAUUCUGUUAAGGUGCUGCAAACUUAGUGAAUAUAGUUUUAAACUUUC